GAGCUGCUGGCCCUCUACACCUACACAUCGCCCAGCUACGACGAGUUUGUGGGGUGCGAACCGGGCGAGCUUUUGGGCAGCCGUGUGACCACCUUCUGUCAUCCCGAAGACAACGUCACACGGGAGACCAUCCUUUUCUAUGUGGCGCAGCCACCGCCUCGAUCAAGGGUGGGUCCUAUCUUUCACACAUCCCCGGCCGGUAUCUCCAAGGACCGGCGGGUGCUGCGCUUCCACUCUCGGCACCAGUACUUCUUCACCACCACAGGACGGGUCUUGUCGAGGGGCUAUGACAUGCCUCGGUACACCGGCCCACGAGAUUCGAGAAUACUGCCGUCGCCGUGGCCGUUCGAGGAGGAAGAGAGCUCGCCUGAACCAAUCGGCAGCAGUGGAUGGACCGCCGACAACAACACCACCACCAACACCACCAACACCAGCGAUCAGCGCCUCGACAAUGAACUCGACGAACUGCUUAGCACUCUCUCCGCGCCUUCUCCCGCCGCGCAAUAA